UAUUUUGGUCUAAUUUUAUAAACUAUUCUCAACACUAUAAUUUGCCGGCAAAGGCCAGCAGACUAUGUUUUUCGGCAAUUUGUCGUAAACCAACUUUCGAAACUUGUUAGUACUGACAUGGUCUUGAAAUGAUCGUAAGUAAGAAGCGACUCUGUUUAAAAGCUUAUAUCCUGACUAUACUUGGCCUUUUUGUAUAUCUUAUAAUUUCGAGCAUUCAUACUGAACCUUCUCCGAUUUUACCGUCCACAGAAGAGUUGGAUGCAAAAUCAGCAUCAGAUCUUGAAGAUUUAUUUCAUGGAUUCAUGAACCAAAUUCAGGUGACGUGUAACAAGAUAAUGCGUGUUGGUUCUUUGGGAGAUGGAGGAUGGAAUGUUUGUUUGGAUAAUGGAUAUUUUCCCAUGGUGCCUUGCUUGGUAUACUCAUUUGGAAUUGGUCUUGAGUCAAGUUUUGAUGUUGAGAUGCAGAAAAUCUUUAGCUGUGAAGUGCAUUCCUUUGAUCCUUUUGUAAAUAAAACAAGAAUUCCAAAUCUUUCUUUGAUGAAUUUCCAUCCUAUUGGAAUAAUGGAUAAAACGGAUGUUGUUAGUGACAGAUCGUUUAUGACACUCUCAGACAUUCGCAAGUAUUUAAAUCACACAGAGAACAUAUUUAUUUUGAAAAUAGAUAUAGAGAUGGCAGAAUGGCGCUCCCUGACAAAGGCAAUCUCUGACGGUGAACUGGAUCUUGUAAAGCAGUUGUUAGUUGAGUUUCAUGUGCUAUAUUACACUGCAGAGUCCAAGUGGAAUGCUUUCCAUAAUGCUCUUAUUAUUAUCAAGAAAUUGAUGGAUCUUAACUUCCGAACAUUCUCAAUAACGAAGAACAAAGACUGCAAUUAUGUCAGUCAUAAAAAUAUUCUGUUGACCAAAUGUUACAACGUCCACAUGGUUAAAGUUAGUUAAAAUAUAUUGUCAGUAAUAUAUAUAUAUAUAUAUAUUCUUCUUUUACUUGUUUGUCAUUUGACUGCGACCAUGCUGGAGCACCACCUUUAGUCAAACAAAUUGACCCCAGGACUUAUUCUUUGUAAGCCCAGUACUUAUUUUAUCAGUUCCUUUUGCUGAACUGCUAAGUUUUGGGGCAUAAGCACAUGAACAUCAGUUGUCAGGCGAUGGAGCAGGGGGGGGGGCAAACACAUAAUACAUACAUGCAUAUAUGUAUAUACACACACACACACACAUACACGACAGACUUCUUUCAGUUUCCAUCUACCAAAUCCACUCACAAGGCUGUGGUCAGCAUCAGGCUACAAUAGAAGACAGUUGCCCAAGGUGCCACGCAGUGGGACUGAACCCACAACCACAACCAUGUGGUUGGAAAGCAAGCUUCUUACCACACAACCACACUUGUAGCUAUAUAUAAUAAUAUAGAUUUAAUCAAAAAAUUAAAUGUGGUACUUAAAAUGUUUGAGGCACCAGAAUUUGGUAGGGUAAAAACCAAAAACAAAAUCAAGAGAUUUGGUGAAUAAAAUUUGAAGAAAAGCAACAAAAAUGCAUUAGGUUAUAGCAGUACGUACGUUUCGUACAAACUUCAUUUAUUUAUGUAGUGAGAACACCACAUAAGAUGUGCAAUGAAAAUGUACUCCUCAGCUGCAUAAUGGAAGUUCAUUUCAGAAAGUCAUUUUGUAAAUGUGUAGGAUACAAGAGUAGGAUAUAUAUAUAUAUAUAUAUAAAUAUAAAUUUUCUUUUUGGGAAAAUUGACAUCACAAAUUGUGAAUAGCUGUAUUGUUGGUUAGAGGUUACAGGUAGGACAAUCAUUUUCACCUGGUGGUGAAAAUGUUGAGGCAGAAUUUGAUGUAUAUGAUGCUGAACAAAUUUAUAAGGGACUUAAUUUGAAAAACUCUGUACUUUUGAUCUUGAAUCUUUAAUCUUGUUUCAGUCAUUAGACUGUGGAUGAGGUUACAGGUGCUCGUUUGGAGCGUCUCUAUUGCUGUACCACUAAGUUAUGGGGACAUAAACAAACCAACACUUGUCAAGUGUUGUAUGGUGGGAACUAACAAACACACACACACACACACACACAGACAUUAUUAAAAUAAACAUUUUUAAAUGCAGUAGGGUUAACAUUGUAUUACUAGUGAGACAACCAAAUCAAGAAACCUCUUUUUUACACCUUGUGCAUCCUUCACUUUCUGUUUACAGUCCCCUCAUAAUUUGGAAUGAAUUAUCUUCCUUAUACUUUUGGCACUAUAUCUUCCUGUUUUUUCAUUUUUUUUUUAUGGGUGACAGGCAAUUGAGAUUAAAUGCUAGUACCAGGCUUUCAGCUGAAAAAGGGAAAUGAAUGUAACUUUAACAAUCACAGGCACACCUCACCCCAUGUCAUUAAUUGGUUCCAGGAGACAUGACUUAAGUCAAAUCAACUUCUCUUUCGGCUAGGCUAGGCCGAAUUUACCUGUCUCUAGGCUAAACUGAUAAUAAACAUUCCCAGUUCUGUACUUUAAUUAUGAACACAUUUUCAAUAAUACAUGGUUAAUAAAGACCUAUUUUAAGCUUACAAACAAGCAAUAAAAAAAUUUUUUUAAUACAGUACAGUAAAAAAGAAGCAAUCUAAAUUUACGAAUACAAUUUGGCUGUGUUUACCAUACAUCAUGGACACUUUAUGAAUGCGGUUUGCAAUAAGACAUGGUAACAUAAAAGCCUUUUUUUAAGCUUAAAAAACAAAUUCAGUAAUUAUUAUUAUUUGCAAUAGUAAAAAAAAAAACUAAAUUAUUUAAAAUUUACCAAUACGUACAUACAGUUUGGUGGUUUACAUCGUGGAUGUAGAUGGCUGUAAAUUGUCAAUAUUUACAUCUGACUCUGGCUGUUCUUCGAUGCAUUCACUAAGCUACACUACUUUAUGGUGUGUAUCUUAACAUUUACUGUACGUAUUUUGAUAUGAUUUUAUAUCCUUUUAUUCUUAUUUAUUGUACAGUAACAUGAUUUUAUGUGUUUUUAACGAUUUUCUAGUAAUUUUACGAUUCCAAUAUUUGUGGUGAACAGACGUAAAAUCAACUAAAAUGACAUGACUUGAUUUUUAUUUUUCCAUACAUUAUUUUUAAAAACUGAUGUAUAAUCGAGAAGACUUAAGCCAAGGUAUGCCUGUAUACUGAAGAUUCUUUAGGCUUUAUUAUAAACUCAAGAAUCUUAAAGGAUGCUAUCCCUUUCUUUGUGAAGGUGUCAGUAAUUUGUACAUUUGUUGGACUCCAUGAAAUCUCUGCAAUUUCCUUUUUGCCUAUCAUUCUUCCCAGGAUGGCCAUCUCUGUGUGAAGCCUUUUGUCUAAAAUUUAGUGUACUGUAUCAAACAGGCAAGAAUUGUCUGUCUUGCUAGGCAAUUUUAUGUUUUUCAUUAUUAUUCUCUAACUGAAGCAAUUCUAAUAAAAAUCUUCUAUAAAAUAUACAUGCUUCUGCCAUGUCAA